UUAAAAUUCGUUCACAGGUCGUCCAUAAAUUGCAGUCUCGCUGUUUUUUCUCAAUGAUUUUAGUUACUCUUCUCUCUCUGCGAUAUUAACUUAGUGUCCAAGUUCAUUGCUUUGAAUAGAGUUAUUCCGUUUGUAACUGCAUCAUGGUUUGGUUUCACCUACCGUUAUUUCGAAGUUUCAAUAACGUCAAUCGGAAAUUACUAUCCACGCCUGCUAAAUUGAGUCCAUUAGCCGAUGCUUUUAAUUACCAUAGUUUAAAAAUAAAGGAUGAACAUUUAAACAAAACGACAGGACUUUUUGGCAACCCGGUUUUGACGUCUCCUCAUAGUUUCCAAAGUUUGGUUGAGUCUACUGUCGGAGAGUGUCAUGUGUUAUGUGAUGAAGCUACUUCUCAGACAAGAGUCAGGAAAAUAGUCCAGAUAUUAGACGAUCUGUCCGAUACAUUGUGUCGUGUUGCUGAUUUAUCUGAUUGUAUACGAAUGCUUCAUCCAGAUGAAGCAUAUCGCUAUUCUGCACUGAAAGCAUGUCAGUCAAUUGGUCAACUUGUUGAAGAAUUGAACACUAAUUCAAAAUUAUAUAAUGCCUCUGUACGUGCAAGUAGUUCAUCUCAAGUGGAUAAAUUAAUUCCAGAUACACAUAUGGAUAAUGUUGAUAAGCGUGUACUCGAUUUAUUCGUAGCAGAUUUUGAACUAUCUGGUGUACAACUACAGGAUCCCUGUCGACACGAACAAUUUGUACGUGCUGCUUCAUUUGCCUUAAAUUGUGGAGCUAAAUUUAUUGAAGGUUGCCAUAGUACAAUAACUUUUCCAUCGAAGUAUACAGCAAAUAGCUAUUCAAAUUCAAUUGAACUUGUUCAUCCACUUAGUGAUCAUCCAGAUCCUUCUAUCCGUUUAUCCACCUAUAAUGCAUAUUAUGCACCAAUUGAAGGUCAAGAAAAGUGUCUAGAACAACUUUUGAGUGCACGACAUGAAAUGGCACAAGCAGCUGGCUUUGAAAAUUAUGCUAAACGUGCCACUCUCCAUAGUUUAGCUGAAACACCUGAGAAUGUAGACGAAUUCCUUCAGCAUGUUUGUAAAAAACUUCGUCCUAUUUCAACUGAAGUAGCAAGGAAACAGUUAUUACCAGUCAUAAAAAACUCUUACCGAAAAACGAAAAUGCACAACUUGCAAAUGGAUUGUAAUGCAAAUUUAAUCUCGCCUAGUGAUUUAUCCUUUGCAGUUGGUGUUAAACGCCAGGCAUUAUGUAGUCAUCAUUUGACAGAUUAUUUUUCAUUGGGUGCAUGUAUGGAAGGUGUAAGUCAAUUGGCUAAUUGUCUAUUCGGAUUACGUCUAGAAGUUGUACCGGUACAAUCUGGAGAAGUAUGGCAUCCAUCUGUUAUCAAAGUUCAUGUCUAUUCGAAUAAGAAUAAUUCAACAGAACCAAUUGGAAUAGUCUAUUGUGAUCUGCUUGAUCGUCCUGGUAAACCUGCCCAAGAUUGUCAUUACACUAUACGUGGUGGCCGAUGCCUAGAUAAUGGUUCUAGUAAUCGAUCAUAUCAAUCUCCAAUUAUAACACUUCAAUUGACGAUAUCUCCGCCUGAAUCAAAUUCUAAACCACCACUUCUUAGUAUAGGACAAGUUGAAAAUUUAUUUCAUGAAUGGGGACAUGCAUUGCAUUCUAUGCUUGCACGUACACGAUAUCAACAUGUUACUGGGACACGAUCCACGUGUAGUAUCAGGAUAUGCUCGACAUUGGAAAACAGGUCAGAAACCAGAUCCUAAUGAAAUAAUUGCAUUACAACAAUUAUCCAUUGGUCUAGGACUUGGUCAAAGUUUAGAAGUUAGUCAACAGGCUACCUAUGCUAUUCUGGAUCAAGUUUUGCACUCAGGUCCUAUUGAAAAUACUUUACUGCCUUAUGCGAAAUUAACUCAAGAAUCAAAUGGAUUAUGGCCUGCAUCCUCUAAAUUAUUAUCAGAUAUUCAAUGUAAAGUUGGACUAUCCGAUUGGUCUAGUUGUUCACCAGCUUAUCUAGGCGCAUGGCCUCAUCGUUUUACUCAUUUAGUCAAUUACGGUGGACGCUAUUAUGCUUAUUUGAUGGCAAAAGCUGGAGCUAAUCUUGUUUGGAGGCGUCUUUUUUCCAAAGAUCCUUGGUGUUCCUCAUGUGGACAGGUGAAUUUCUGUGAAUUAUUUAAUUUGACAAGUUUCUAUAUCACUCCCAUAUUGUUUGACCAAACCGAGAAUAAUGAAUGUAGUAGAAUAAUAUGAGUUCACCAUAUUUCGCGGUUGUAUUACCAGCUACUUACGAACUCUAAACAUAAUGGUACUAAUCAUCACAUCACACUCUUAGAAAUUAUUAGGAAUAGAACUGUUUACUGAAUAUUAACAAGUAACAUAAAACGAUACACAGAAAACAAUUUAAGUGAGAAGAGAAUACGGACAGAAAAUGCAAACGAACUUCACAACAUCUUUAUAUGGAAAAAUUAUUAUGUCAUGGUGGCGAGUAUCCUCCAGCUAUUCUACUUUCGGACCUUUUGAAUUGUGAUGAUGAAAUCAACAGUCAAAAUGUAUUAUUAUCUCCUAAAAGGUUAGCUGAAGGUUUAACUGAUCAGUUAGAAGAAAUGGAAAUGGCUUCAACUUCUUUAUUGAACCGUAUUGAAUCGCCGAGUUUAUUCAGGCCAGAAUCAUACAAUUAACAACAAGAGAUAAAAGAACUUAUUAAUUGUGACAAACUUUGUUGUUGAUGAUACCUUGUAAAUACAUCAGCUAAAUAUUUUCUUAAAUGCUCAUCUAUUAAUUUGCCGGCUUUGUCAAAUAAUUUAGAACACGAAACAAAUAGAAGCUUUCUUUUUUGGUA